GCCGCUCCUACCCCGCAGCCUUUUUGGGGCCGGGGACUUCCAACCGGGGGGGUGCUGGCGUACUCCCGCUUGUCAUGCCGGGGCUGGACGAACCUCGGCAGCAUGCGCCUGCGCUGCCUGCCUGCCUGCCUGCCUUCCUCCUCCUCCUCCUCCUCCUCCUCCUCCCGGCCCCUCCUCCCGGCUUUAGCGGUGCCGGCUGCCGGGAGCGGGCGGCCGGCGGGGCCGCUGCCGUCCGUGUCCCCCCCCCCCCCCCCCCGGGGUUAUGCCUCCCGGCCGGGGCAGGGAGGAGGUCUCCGGCAGGAGCAGGGGGCGGUGAUACCCCCCUACACCCCCCUUACAUCCCCCCCCCCCCAGCCCUCCCGCCCCCGGGUGCGGCGUGGGGAAGGGGUGCGCGGCCGCUCCGCGGCGGAGGAUGAGGAGGAUGAGGAUGCUGAGGAUGCGGCGGGCCGGAGCGGAGCGGGGGUACCCGGGGAGAGCCUGGCUGUACUGCUGGCUGCUGGGCUGGCAGGCGGCCGCCCUGCAGCUGCCUCCCUGCGAAGAGGGAAGACAGACGAGUGUCAUCACGUGCAUGGUCUUGGAAGAGCCUUCAGCAGUCAGCAUGGACAUCACCUGCGGCUCUUGGCUGAAGCGGGAUGUGGAAACUCCUCGCAAAUGUGGCACAUGGAGUCAAUGUGUCAUUGUUCCCUCUGCAAGGCUGCUUGUUUGCUUUGUGCUGUGCCUGUUGAAUACCAAAUAACAAAACGUGAGGAUUUAGUGAGUUUUCUCCUUUAUAGUUUCGUAGGUAGAAAUUUAUGAUAGUGGGGAAGGGAAAAUACUAUCAAAUCAAAAGUGUGAGGCACUACACCUCUUUUUACCUUUUUUUAUUGAUAUAAAAGGGUGGAUAAGGGAUAGAUUCCCAGCAGUUAACAAAGCAAGUACUUAAGCUGCGGAUAGGAUGCUUAAAUAUUGAUAGUUAAAAAGCUGUAGCCCAUUAAUUCUCCUUUUGAUGGGCCUGCACGGGAUCGUGAAUAUUGGCAUUAAACCUGACAUUUUUUACUUAAGCCUAACAUCUCUGUUAAUGCUUGAUCUUUCAAGCUAGUUGGCUUUAAUAUCACAGGUGUAAGCCCUGAGAGCCUACUUCAGCAAGGCGUUUAAGGGAUUGGUCUUUCUGGGUUGAGGUGAAGAUGUGCCCAGUAGUACGGUGACCCGGUUUUCCAUCACAAACUUGCACAUGCAGUGACCUGAAAACCUCUUGUCACAAACAAGAACAAGUGAAAAAAAUGUUAUUUUUGAAUACUUUUAUUGAGUAUUGAAAUAGGGCUUCCUGCUUUGCAAGAGA